AUGGAUCCCGUCCACAGCCUGGCUGAGGCUGCCAUCAACUCGGCCCCGGUUCAUCAAGAGGCGCUUCAUCGCUCCAGCGACGUCCCGGCUCCGGUCCCGGCUCCGGCUGCUUCUCCCGUCCCGGGACACGCUCCCCCGCAGCAACACACCUCCUCCGGACUCGCCUCGUCUCUCUCCCCGGCGCUCUCGCCCACGACCCUCCCUAGGCCAGAUGACAUGCCCUCGCGGCCCCCUAUUUUUUCUCCUACCAAUUCGACCAUUCACCUGCCGCAUCCCGGCUCUCCGCCGCCGCGCAAGGACACCACCUCGUCCGUCUCGACCCAGGCCACGACGGCCACCAUGGCCUCCGCUGAGACCAACAACACAUCGUACAGUGCCGACACCUCCCCCAGCCUGCACCAGUCCAUUUUCUCCGUCAAGGAUGGGGCCGACGUCUCUAACACGCGCCGCACCAGCAGGAGACGCACCGGGCCCCUAUCCCAACAAUCCAGGGAACGGGCUGCCUUGAUACGAAAGCUGGGCGCAUGCGCCGACUGCCGUCGCCGGAGGGUUGCCUGCCAUCCCAGCCACCACAACCUGACGUGGGAAGAUCUGGUCAGCAAGUUCCAUAGGUCUCACAGUCCCAGCAUCCAGGAUAUUGCCCCUUCCUUUGCUGCCGGCCGUGCUCUGAGUCCCACUGCCUCACUGUCUGCUUCGCAGGCAGCCUACGCCAGCGACCCACAAGAUAUGGACGUUGACUCCGGCACACCAUCUCAUCAUCAGCCCGGCAGACCUCCGUUGAGUGAGGCGCGGAUACGCACACCGCUGCCUUCUGGCCCCCGCUUGGAAAAGUCUCUUUCGCUUCCGGGCAUCGAGAGUCUCAAGAAUGAGCUGCAGGGAAACGUGCCUCGCAUGCUUUCCACCUCCAACCGCGGUCGCUAUAAUGCCGUCCAGGCCCUCUUGCUCUUCUGGCAAGAUGACGACGAUGCAGCCAUCGUUCAAGGCGCGGUCAAGGAGUUGGCUGACGUCUUCGACAAAUAUUACCACUAUACGUUUCAGAUCCAGACCAUACCAUCCUCCUCUGACGGCUGCAAGAGCUCAUGGAGAUGGCUGUCGCGACAGCUCAACGAAUUUGCUGAGGAUCGCGACCAGCGCGACGUUUUGAAGAUUGUGUACUAUGCCGGGCACACGUAUCUCGACGGGAAUAGAGAGAUGAUUCUGGCAAGCUCCAGAGAUGGCAUCAAGGCCUCAACCAUCCGGUGGAACGGCAUCCAGCAAAUAUUGGAGGAGGCCUGCUCCGACACGCUCAUCAUCAUGGACGCCGCCUACUACCCAUCGUCGAGGAUGGUCCGACAAAAGGGGGUUUUAGAGCUCAUUGCGGCGUCCGUCUCGGAGGAACACGUGACGGCGCUCGGCCGUUGCGUCUUCACGCGAGCCCUCGUCGACCAGCUCCGUACUCGAGCGACUCGAUCCACACCACUGUCUGCCGCAGAACUCCACUCAAUUCUCCUCGCGGCCUACCCCAAGUUGAUCCAAGACAGAAACCCCGAAAAGGAGAUGUUGACGAGCUUCCCUGCCCCGUUGCACACGAUGAUGUCGGGCAACUCGCGAUUGCCGUCAAUAUUUCUGUGUCCGGUUUAUCAGAGCAGCCCGCUGCGGAACAGCUUCUCGUACGAGAAUAGCCCACAGCUCCACCUGUCCAUCAAGCUUCAUGACGACAACGUCGACAUCGACAGCUGGAAUGAGUGGCUGCGGCUUAUGCCCGACGGCAUCAAGGACGUCAAAGUCGACGGCCCUUUUCGGACCUCUUUCAGUGACCAGAAAGAACAACAGACGAACAUCUCAAUGGAGUCGCCACCCAAACGAAUGACGCGUGCACGCGCCGCAGCCAAGGCCUGCGAGUCGACGACCAAGACGACCAAGAUCGUCACGGCUGCUGCCAAAGCGAAGACGGCAGGGACCGCAACGGCGAGCACCAAAAGCACGGCCGCCAAGCGCAAGACGAGAGCCGACGACAAUGAAGAUGAGACCGACCAAGACGAGAUGGCCGCGCGACGGGCCGUUCGGGGGCGACCUCGCAAAACCCCCGAAGCCAAUGCUGCUGCGGACGACACCCCUGCGCCAGCGCCUGCCCGCGCUGCUCGCGGAAGGCCAGCCAAGAAGCCGUCUGCCGAGACGUCCAAGCAUGAUCAGGAUUCUACUGCGGCUGCUGUUGCUGCUGCACCGAGACCUCGUGGCCGCCCCAGGAAGACACCCGCCCCGGACGCGGACGCCGCCCCUGCGACCGCCGCAGAGCCAGCAAAGAAGACGGCCCGCGGCCGCGCCCCUGCAGUACCCAAGCCAGCCGUGAAGAAGACGGUGAAGUUCGAAGAGCCCGACAAGGAAAACCUGGAGCCCGAGGUGGCCAAGGCCAGAGAGCCAAGUACCGGCGGGAUUCGCGGCAGACCUGCGCGUCGAGGAGGAGCUACCGCUGCUCGCAGCACGCGUACUGCCGCUACCCCGACAGCCUCUGCCGUCUCUCAGAAGAAACCCCUCAGCCCGAAAAAGGUAACGCAGAUGCCUUUGUCCAGAGAUGACGACAGCUCAGAAGACGAGCUUGCCAUGGGCAAGGUUCGCACACCAGUCAGGCACCUGAAGAAGAGCCCCAUCAAGCCACGAACCGCCGCCGCCACCGCGCCCAUCAAAGAGUCACAGGCUGCCGACGACGGUCAGGAUACGGCAGCCACGGGCAAUACAGUGACACUCAACGCGCCGGCUCUGGGCGCGUCACCAGCACGUCGGCCGCCUUCUUCGCCAUUCAAGGACUCCCUAAAGUCCCCCGCCAAGAGGAUAGGGGCCGCCAACCUCCCUGGCUCUGCGCUGAAGCCCACAGCUCUUGGGACCGAGCAUCCGGGGCAGACUCCCUCGUUUAAGUCGUCACUUCUGCGGUCUGCCGCCAAGAGGCCGCAGUCACCCAUAAAAGGCCUCACUCUGCCACCUGCGUCCGCCGCAAAGCCUCACCAAUCGCAGUCGGCCAUGAAGAAGACAAUGUUUCAGUCUCCAGCCAAACGCGCGCUGCCUGGCUUCAAGCCACAGACAGAGACACAAACGCAAGAGGAUGCUGCGCUACCGGGGUCGCCGAGGAUGCAGCCCAUUGUCAUGGCGACCCCAACGCCUGCCACCAGGCGCCGCCCCUCCGAGAGAUUGCUGGAUGACGACCAAGCUCACGACGAGUUGGACGAGGGCGGCGACGACAACGUCUUUGAUGCUGGCGAUACGGAUGUGAUCUUUUCCGGCCGUCUUUCCUCCGUCCUGCCACGUCACGCAGACCCGAGCUUGGAAGGGGAAGUCAACGACCUUGAUGAGAACGAAAUCGAUCAAGUGGAAUUUGUUUCCGAAGCGACUGAGCCCAUGAGGCCACUGUCCAACGAGGAACGGCUGUCAGAAACCGUCGGGCAUCUCACAGUGGAGCGCAUUGACGACCCUAUGGCUUUGGACAAUAUCACCGCGGACAUGGAAGAGUCGACGGAGCUGCCGCAGCAGCGCGAAGAGGAGGCGGAAGACCAGCAAAUCCCAGAGGGAGACAACGAAGACGAAGUAAUCCCAGGGCCGCUUGCGUCUGGCAAAGCCAAAGGCGUCAAGUACCAAUUGCGUCAGAAAGACCAGGAUCCAUGCUACGACAUCAGGUUGGAACCGGACUCGGAGGAUGAGACAACUACGCCGUUCAAGGUCAUCUCCCCUACGCCUUCCAGGUCAACGAAGAGGCCUCGGGACUCCCGCAGGUCCACCAUUGGCCUCACCUCUCUGGCUGAACAGUUUGGCUCUUGGUCAGCGGCCAGCCCGAUCAAGGCGGACAAGAAUACCGACGUGGCGCCGGCGUUUGUCUGCGAGGAUGUCGGGCGUCAAGACACAGCAGUGAAUUUCGCAGGAGAACCGGAGCCUUCUGCCAGGAAUAUGUUCUUCGAAAACGAAAUGUUGGCGCACGGCGACGAAGUACAGACUGCAACACCUCACAUGGCUGCGCAGGCGGGUCUCGACAAGGGCGAGGACGAGGAUCUUUGCAUGGAAAACAUGAUGGUCACGGACGAAGAUGUCGCCCUGGCUCAGGAGGCGAACGACCUGUCAGUCUUGGAGCCGGAACGCGUCGAGCAAGUCGUCAACGGAGGUUCUUUUGACGACAGCGUGUCCGAGGCAAGCCAAGAGUACGGGGACGAGAACCAGGUGCCUGUCGACCCGGCCCUUGCGAGCAGUGUUCCUGCAGGUCCCGUUACUCCCGUGCGGCCCCCGCAGCACAGGGCCUUCUUCACCACCACCAAGGUGCCUCUGAAGCCUGCAGACAACUCCACCCCGAGCCCGCUGAAGCAGCGAAGCAUGAGCGCCUCGCGCGCCAGCUCCAGGCGGCCUGCCGCCCUGCCUCGCAGCGCGACCGUCAUCUCGUAUUCGCCGACCAAGGACAGGCGGCGGAGCUCGGCGGCAGUGACCCCGUCCAAGGUGGACAUGUGGUCGAGCAUCGGCACGCCGGCUCGCACUCCUCGGCGGGACCUGGACCCAGCCCUCCUGCGAGGCGCUGUCGUCUUCGUCGACGUACACACGACCGAGGGCGCGGACGCCAGCGGCAUAUUCGUCGAGCUUCUGAGCCAGAUGGGUGCCCGGUGUGUCAAGUCGUGGCACUGGAACCCCAGCGGCGAGUCUUGCUCGUCGGCCAAGGUCGGCAUCACGCAUGUUGUCUACAAGGACGGAGGGAAGCGCACGCUUGAGAAGGUGCGCGAGGCCAACGGGGUCGUGCACUGUGUCGGAGUGAGCUGGGUUCUCGAUUGUGAGCGAGCGAACGAAUGGCUCGACGAGGCGCCGUAUUGCAUCGAUACGAGUCACAUCCCUCGCGGGGGCGCUCGCCGCCGCAAGAGCAUGGAGCCCAAGGCACUGGCCAACCUCAACGGCACCAUCGUGGACGGUUCGUCCAAAUCGUCGCACACGCCCAACACCCCCAAGAACCGACGUGACAGCUCGUUGUGGAUGCACUCCCCGUCGGACCAGGUGGACGGCCAGAACGACGAUGACCUCGAGUGGUCGUGCGUCUUGCUGACGCCAGUGCCCAAGACGCCAGCGCCAGAGGCGGUUGCGCGGUAUGCCGCAGAGCUGCCGGAGACGCCGCAGGGAGAGAGCGAUGACGAGGAUGAGAACCCGUCGCCGACGAAACAGGCCCUUCUGACGCGCACGUGCCCGCCAAAGGCGAAUCCGUAUCGCGAGAUGGGCGCGGGGAUCCUCAGCAGGGACAAGGACGAGCACGUGCUGCAGAGGCUGAUGGCCGCCCGGCGGAAGAGCCUUCAGUUUGCCCCCAAGGUCGGCAGUCCGCUGUCGAAGACGUGGGAAUAG